AUGAGCGAUUAUCUAGAAAAUCCAAAGGACCUCAUACGAAACCUUAUUUAUUAUAAAUCACUUUUGGAAUUUAACCUUGAUAAUAACACUAUUUCAAAUGGACCAUCUAGUGAUGGUAACAUCAAAUUUGGAAACAUUAAUGGCGAAAGAGUUUGUAUUAAAUGUAUAAAGAACGAUAGAUAUGAAGAUGAGGAAGGAUAUUACAGAAACCUUGUUAAUGAGAUAAUAAAUAUACGUUGUAUUGAACAAAACGCCAACGUAGUCAAGUGUCUUGGCAUCACGAAAGAUGAUCACAAAAUUCCACCUCACGGUUCAGAUUUGCUUACUGAAGAAGUCUUAAUCAAAAUAGGAAAAUGCGCUUUCAGUUAUCAUCGCGAAAUCGACAAAGAUCCGGUCACACAGAUUUACAGCAGAUGGUACUUGCGCAAUUAUAUGGGAAAGCUAUUCAAACGUGCUAAAGAAACAAAAUCAAAUUUAUGGAUAUUAUUUUUGGAUUUAAAUGACUUUUCAUCCAUCAACAAACAAAACGAUCACGACACUGGCGAUUAUUGCUUGAAAGAGUUUGCGCGUUUGAUUCAAUCUAAUCAUGUUCGUUCCGGAGACAUCUUUGCUCGUUAUGGAGGAGACGAGUUUGUCCUUCUGUUAAAGGAAGUUAAUCACAAAUUAGCUACCGAAAUUGCAAAUGGGAUUAGCGUUUCUGUGGAAAAUCACGCAUUCAAAUAUAAUGGGAGAAGUCUUCGAGUCACAGUCAGUAUUGGAAAUGCCGAAUUAAGUCAGUCAAUUGAAUCCAUUAAAGAUUGGAUUAAGUUAGCUGAUAAAUCUUUACUUGAUGCCAAAAAAAAAAAAGAAAACCUUGGUGUAUCAAUUGAUUUUGAAGAUUCUAAAUACAAAAUGAAUUUUCCUAAAGGCAUAUCUCUGUUGAACGUUCGAAAGUUAUUGGAAGACAAAUAUGAAAAACAAAAAAAAGGUCCGGAUAUGCGCAGUAAUUGUUUUUUUUAUGACUUUAAGUAUGGAAUUGUGAUAGACGAGGACAAAACCAAAUUGGAAUGUAUCCUUAAUAAUAAUAACUCGAUAAAAAUUGUUGUUGAUACGGAGAAACCAGAUUGGACGAAGCUAAUUCAGGAAUGUGAAUGUGCGUUUAUACCAUCCAAAAAAGGUACAUUUAGAGCCACGAUGGGGAAGAAAGCCCUUAGAAUUAAAUUUAAAAAAUUAUCAUGCAGAGAAUUUCCUGGUCUAACCGAGAGUAAAUAUCACUGCCAAAGCCAUUUUGAUCAUUUAUACGUGCGCAAUCUGGUGGCUGAAUUGGAUUUAAAAAAUUUAUUAUCUAAUUUUCCACAAAUAAACCAUGAUAAAUUGUUCGAAACGUCCCAACUUUCCAAAACAUACAAUAUAGUCGAACGCCAAAUAGCAUACAUAGAAUUUUCAGAGCAAGAUAUUACGAUUUCUCAAGAGUUUAUGAAAGAAAUAGAAAAUGCUCUGAGUGAUGAAUUAACAAUUCAAACGCAAUACGAAAAUCUCGAAAAAUUGAAAGAAGAAUAUGGUCAUUUUUACGCUAAAAAAGUGACAUUUGGUGGAAAAAUUGUCGAACAAAUAGGAGAUUCGCCUACCUCUACGGUUGAAUAUCGCAAUAUUAUUGGCGGAUGUGUGAAAAGUUAUUACAAUAAUAAAAUUCCUGGAUGGCUAGAUUCACUAGAAAAUACGAAGAAUUGGAAAAUAAUUGAAUAUGAGAAUAUAUCAUCAAUUUUUGACCUUUUGUCUGAUAAUGACCCGACUCAGA